CAGGACCUCAGACAGGUAUAAAAGGGCUGCUCCAGGCUCCUGGGUCACACUGACGGAUCCAAACCCUCCUCGGAGACCAGAGUCCCUCCAGAGCUCAGCCAUGUCCACCAGCACCCACAGCCAUGCCGGGAGCCGGCAGCUCCCGGGGAACUGCACCCUGGAGAAGGCCCUGCAGACCGUGGUGGACAUGUUCCACCAGUACAGCAUCCGCCAGGGUGAGAUCGACCUCCUGAACAUAAGCGACUUCACCACGCUGCUGAUGGAGCAGGCGCCGUCCUUCCUGGGGACAUGCGACAGGAACCGGCCUGGCUACUUGGAGAAGCUCUUCCAGGAGAGCGACCUGAACAAGGACAAGGAGGUGAGCUUCGAGGAGUUCACCAUCGUGCUGAGCAAGCUGGCUGAUGACGCCCACCGCAUCAGCCACGGCUCCGAGCGCUGCGGGCCUGACAAAGACUGA